UAUUUUCCUCCUGGCACCUCGAACGCACCACUUUCAAACGUCUACUGUUACUAUCAUAUGCGAGUCUUGUGCGGAGGUAACCCCGUCCCGUCCAAGCCAACAUGCCCGUGGAUCUGAACCAGUGGAGAGGCCAGCUGGCCCUGCAGGAGGUGGACGAGAAGCCUGGCCUGCCUCUGACCAUUAAAUACGGCUCUGUGGAAAUCGACGAGCUGGGCAAAGUGCUCACGCCGACGCAGGUGAAAAACCGGCCCACCUGCAUCGAGUGGGAUGGAUGCGACCCCGGUAAACUCUACACUUUGGCUCUGACUGACCCCGACGCCCCCAGCAGGAAGGACCCCAAAUUCAGGGAGUGGCAUCACUUCCUGGUGGUCAACAUGAAGGGGAACGAUGUGUCGUCUGGUUGCGUCAUGUCCGACUACGUGGGCUCGGGUCCUCCCCAAGGCUCAGGUCUGCACCGGUACGUGUGGCUGGUCUACCAGCAGUCGGGCGAGCUGUCCUGCAGCGAGCCGGUCCUCACCAACCGCUCGGGCGAGGGCCGCGGCAAGUUUAAGAUCCAGAGCUUCAGGCAGCACUACAAGCUGGGCGCCCCCGUCGCAGGCACCUGCUACCAGGCCGAGUGGGACGACUACGUGCCCAAACUCUACCAGCAGCUCGCUGGAAAGUAAAAAAAAAUCCAAAAUCAAAGGAUAUUGAGAGUUUUCCUCUCUUGGAAGAGGACCUCCUCUUUAUUUUUUGCCCCCCCAACAAAACUAAUACAUUUGCCACUUCCUCUUACCGACAAAUAUUUAAACUGCACAAUAAAUGAACAAUUGGUGGCUUUUUUUUUUCUUUUUAAAGCUUGUGUGGUGUUCAGCUGCAGCCACAGCUAAUAAAACAUACAAUAAAUCAAUUAUUGCAUGAUAAUAGUCAAGUGAAAACUAAACUAAUGACACUUAAUGCCCAUACUCACAGAAUAAUAUCUUAAAGAAUCUUAGGAACAUAAAAAAUAAUUUAAAAAAAGAAUGUGGAAUUGUAUUUUUACCAAGGCUUUUGAAGUAAUGUCUUUAAGACUCAUUUAGUGGAAGAAUUAGAAGAAAAUGAAUGGUUUCACCAUGUCUACUGAUGUGUUACAAUGGCGACCUCUAGCGGCAGCACGCUGACUUUGAUUCUCGUAAAUUUACUCCUUUUCUAGUAAAUGUACGACUUUUUCUUGUAAAUAUACAACUUGUCAUCCAUUUUUGCCUUUUUUUCUUGUGAAUUUAUGACUUGAUUCUCGUAAAUUUACAACUUUAUUCCUGUAAGAUUUACGAGAAAAAAGUUGUACAUUUACGAGUUUUUCUUAUAAAUUUAGGACUUGUAUUGUAAAUUUACGCCUUUUUACUUGUAAAUUUAUGACUUAAUUUUCAUUUCGUAAAUGUACGCCUUUUUUCUAGUAAAUUGAGGAAUUUAUUCUGGGAACAUACAAAUUUUUUCUAGUAAAUGCACAACUUUUUCUUGUAAAUGUACGACUUUAUACUCGGAAAUUGACACCCUUUAUUCUUUUAAAUGGACGCAUUUUUCUCAUAAAUUUGACAUUUUGUUGGAAAUGUAAAAUAGUAAAUAGAGCACAAAUGGUCGUAUUAUCAGCAACCGCAAAUGAAUGAGAUUUUCUUCCCGUCUAUUUCAGGCACAGAGCGAAGCUGAGGAAACGCCUCAAAUAUUUGAGACAUUCUUCAGGGGACCAAUCUGUCAGAUUUGAACCGGCCCACACAAACAUACAGGUGUAUAUUUUUGUAAACAAGUACAUUUCUACAGUCAAACACUUGAAAAAAAGGAAAAAGCGACAAUAAAAAAGAGCUGGAGCUUGUGAGGAAAACAGUCAUCCAAUGAGAGCGGAAGCUUGGCAUCACGUGAUCCAAGACUGACCUGCGAUGCGGGAAUAAGUGAAAUAUUUGCAAAUGACGCUGCUGCCGUUGUGUCAUGAGCACUUUAUUUAUUUACAAAUGUAAUUCAAAGCUUUUAAACACAUCCAUGCUUU